GCACGGGGGACAGAGGGCCCACGUAUUUGUUUCUCAACACAUUAAAAAGGGGUCUCUGGGCCAGGCAGGGUGGCUUACACUUGUAAUCCUAACACUUUGGGAGGCCAAGGCAGGAGGGUUGCUUGAGGCCAGGACUAGCCUAGACAACAUACAAUCUACAACAAAAUAAAAAUUAGCUGGGCAUGGUGGUGCAUGUCUGUAGCCCCAGCUACUCAGGAGGCUGAGGCUGCAAAGGGCCACAAUCUUGCCACUGCACUCCAGUCUUGGUGAAAGAGACCCUGUCUCAAAAAAGGCGGGGGGAGGGGAGGUUUUUUUGGAUUCAAAGCUGGAAUACAACUAGUUAAUAAAAGACAAUUUAUUUCUUCACUGCACUAGAAUGUGUUGUUUACUAACUUUUCUCUUGUCUCUACCUGAAGCCACUUCUCCUUCUGCUGUUUCUUUGUUCCCAGCAGUUACUGGCCCAGAGUGGGACCCACAGCAGGUAGCCUGGACAGUGACUGAACUGUUCUGAAAAAAUCCAAGUACGAAUCGUCUGUCAAAGAACACUCCUUCUUCCUGGGAAUAUGUGCUAUGUGUAAAUCAAGAUCCAAGAACAUCUAACACCUAAGAGGACCGUAAAAAUCCGUGGGAAAAAAUGAUACGCACAUUUCUAAAUGUGCUCCAGGUCAAAAUCUCACUGUCAAAUGGUGAAGCUGCGUUACAAACCAUCCUUACACAAUUUCAAAAAGUUCCUGAUUAUGGUUGCUUCAUAAGAGGUUCCUCUCUUUAGCUCUUCCCUUCUGAAAAAAAGAAAGCCAACUUUCCUUUUGAAUACACACCCCAACCCGCCCCAGCACACACAGAAAUGGGGACUGUGAGCAGAAGCAACCUCGCUCACCAUCUGCAAACCAAUCUCAUUCUAUUUUAUGUCGGUGUUGUAGGUGCCUGUACUGUCUCCAUCACACAACCACAGUACCUAGAAGUGGACUACACUUACAAGGCUGUCACCAUAAAGUGUACCUUCUUCGCAACCGGGUGCCCUUCCGAGAGACCAACACACCUGUGGUUUCGCUAUGGCGCUCACCAGCCUGAGAACCUGUGCCUGGACGGGUGCAAAAGUGAGGCAGACAAGUUCACAGUGAGGGAAGCACCCACAGAAAACCACGUUUCUCUCACUGUAAACAGAGUGACUUCAAAUGACAGUGCAAUUUACAUCUGCGGAAUAGCAUUCCCCAGCGCAUUGGAAGCAAGAGCUAAGCAGACCGGAGGAGGGACCACACUGGUGGUAAGAGAAAUUAAGCUUAUCAGCAAGGAACUGUGGAGUGUCCUGACAGCUCUUAUAUCACUGCUCUCUGUCUAUGUGACUGGUGUAUGCGUGGCCUUCAUACUCCUCUCCAAAUCAAAAUCCAAUCCUCUAAGAAACAAAGAAACAAAAGAAGACUUACAAAAGAAGAAGAGUGCUCGGCGUAUUUUUCAAGAAAUUGCUCAAGAACUAUACCAUAAGAGACAUGUGGAAACAAACCAGCAACCUGAGAAAGAUAACAACACUUAUGAAAACAGAAGAGCACUUUCCAACUAUGAAAGACCAUAGAAAUGUUUUAGUGUUCAAUUAACUCACUGAAAAUCCAGCUGCAGGAGCUAUGGCAGUGUUAAUGAACAUACACCAUCAGAUCUUAAAAAAAAUAAAGGUAAACAGAAAAGACAACUGGCUACAAAGAAGGAUGCCGGAAUGUAAGGAAACUACAACUAACAGUCAUUAACAAAAUACUAAAACCCAACAAAAUGCAACUGCAAAAUACCUUCCAAAUUUGCCAUGAAAAAAUUCUAUUUUAAACACGUAUCCUGAGUUUGUUUCAUUCCACGUGAGAUGUGUGAUGACUGCCAUCCUGAAGAUCUGAAGCUAAGCCAUAUGCCUCAGUCUUGAGUGGAAGAAUCAUCUUUGUGGUUUGUGGAAAUCAUGGGACAAUUAAAAUAAGUUGAGAGGGUGCAAAGUGACAAAAUUUGAGUUAGAGACGUUCAUUUUGAAAAGCACCUUAGUGAAAGUUACUUCCUCUGAUGCUGUCAUGGGGCACUGGAGUAGCUUGCCUGCCAGGGUAUGCAAAGUAACUUACAUCAUGCUACUAGCAAAAUGAGAACAGAAUAGUGACUAGAAUAAGAAAAUUAAAACCAAAAUACAGAAAGUCCAAAGCUGAAGGUUAAACAGAGGAAAUUUCAGAACAAAUAAACCACAACUGACUCUAGAUGUCAGUGUUGUGCCAAGUAUCAGCACCAGGGAAGGUGUGGGCAACAUGUCUACUUUACAAGUACAUUUGUAAUACUGAUUUUUAACCAAUUUAGGAGGGAAAUGUCAAUAGGAGGCAAGGUACAGCAAGGAUAUUUACGGAAUUCAGGACCACUUCACUAAGAAAACAUGAUACAAAUUGUCCUUUGAAAGCUACUUUGGUAUAAAAAAUCUAAAGAACUCAUAAGUAUCAGUAUUAUUAAACACAAAUUACAACCUUACAAACUACUAUGUUUAUAUCAUUUAAGUGUUUCUUUUAAACUGGUAUUGCCUGAGAUGUAUUCUUUUUAAAACUUAGAAUUUUAAAUACUUUAAGAUUCCUUUGAAAGAGUUUUUGCACUGAUGGCUGAAAUCAGUGAUAUCAAACUUUUCCUGAUCAUAUGUGCCCAGAAAAAUGGACAGAGGAAAGGAGGGAGGGUGGAACCUCAUUUUAUUUGUGUGUAUCUAUGUAUACAUGUGAGUGCACAUGUGUGUAGGCACAUGUGUUUUGUGUAUAGUGUAUGCGUGAAUAUGUACGUAUGUACCUUAUACACAAAAACAGAAAUUAAACAAUGGCAUAAGCAGCAAUACAAAUAAAAAAUGCUAACAUUUUCUUGCCAUAUUGCAAAAUAAACUGUCUUGUG